CGUAUCAUGUGACGCCUGACCACCAACACCCAGCAUUCGCCGCGGUGGCGCAUGCGCGGUGAGCCCCACGGGGUCGGAGCUGUCAGCCGGAGGGUCUCCAUUUUACUUUCGAGAGAUAAUAUCGGCCGUUGGAGCAGGGCCCAGAGCCAGGCUACCGACCGACGCCCUCUGUCUCCUCACCUUCCCCGCCACACCUCUUCCCUGUUGGGCCGGCCGGAGUUUAAAUGGCAGCCGGGGCCCGACCAUGGAUAUCAAGACGGCAGUUUUCAACGCAGCUCGGGACGGCAAGUUGAAACUUAUGCAGAAGUUGCUGAACAACCGGAGCGCGGAGGAGCUGGAGGCGGUGACAUUGGAGAAAACCAAUGGCGGCACCCCCCUGCUCAUCGCCUCCAGGUACGGCCACCUGCAGGUAGUCGACUACCUGAUGGAACACUGCAAGGCCAAGGUGGAGCUGGGCGGCUCGGUCAAUUUCGACGGGGAAACCAUCGAAGGGGCCCCGCCGCUGUGGGCAGCGUCGGCCGCCGGGCACCUGUCGGUGGUCCGGACCCUGCUGGAGCACGGGGCGUCCGUCAACAACACCACCCUGACCAACUCCACCCCGCUGCGGGCCGCCUGCUUCGACGGCCACCUGGAGAUCGUCAAGUACCUCAUCGAGCACAGAGCGGACAUGGAAGUGGCGAACAGGCACGGGCAUACUUGCCUCAUGAUCUCAUGCUAUAAGGGGCAUAAGGAGAUUGCCAAGUAUCUGCUGGAGAAGGGUGCGGAUGUGAAUAGGAAAAGUGUGAAGGGGAACACUGCUUUGCACGACUGCGCAGAGUCAGGAAGCCUGGAAAUAAUGAAAAUGCUGCUAAAAUGUGGGGCUAAGAUGGAAAAGGAUGGCUAUGGAAUGACCCCCUUACUAGCUGCCAGUGUCACAGGUCACAUGAAUAUUGUGGAGUUUCUCAUUAACCACGUGCAGACCAGGAAGGAAGAUCGAAUUGAUGCGCUUGAACUAUUGGGAGCUACGUUUGUUGAUAAGAAAAGAGACUUGCUGGGAGCGAUGAAGUUUUGGAAGAGAGCAAUGGAGAAGAGGCACAGUGACAAAAGCAAAAUAGUUAAGAAGCCACAGGUGGGACAACUGGUGUUAGCUUAUGAUUAUGCAAAAGAGGUUACAACAUCUGAAGAGCUGGAAGCCUUGAUUACUGAUCCAGAUGAGAUGAGGAUGCAAGCCUUGUUGAUCCGAGAGAGAAUUCUUGGUCCAUCCCAUCCAGACACUUCCUACUAUAUUCGUUAUCGAGGUGCAGUUUAUGCUGAUUCUGGAAACUUUGAAAGAUGCAUCAAUUUGUGGAAAUAUGCACUGGAUAUGCAGCAGAACAAUUUAGACCCACUGAGCCCUAUGACUGCCAGUAGUUUGCUCUCCUUUGCUGAGCUUUUUUCUUUUGUCCUGCAAGACCGUCCAAAAGGCACCCUGGCCAUGAAAGUAUCUUUCACUGAUCUUAUGGGCAUCUUGUGUAAAAGUGUCCGUGAAGUUGAACGAGCAGUGAAUCAGCGGGAGAACCCACCUGAUGUUGCACAAUUCACAAAAGCUUUAUCUAUUAUUUUACACUUGAUUUCCUUGUUAGAAAAGGUAGAAUGUAGCCCUGAUCAGGAACAUUACAAGAAGCAAACCAUCUAUCGGCUUUUGAAGCUGAAUCCAAGAGGAAAGGGUGGAUUUACCCCAUUACAUCUAGCAGUUGACAAGGACACAACAUCAGUUGGCCGUUAUCCAGUUUGCAAGUUCCCUUCGUUGCAAGUGACCUCGGUACUGCUGGAAUGUGGUGCUGACGUUGACUCAAGAGAUUAUGAGAACAACACUCCUCUGCAUAUAGCUGCAUUCAACAACAAUCUUGAUAUUAUGAACAUGUUAAUUGACACCGGUGCACAUUUUGAUGCCACCAAUUCUUCCAAGAAAACUGCUUGGGAUUUGUUGGAUGAAAAGAAGAUGGCCAAGAAUUUGAUUCAACCCAUCAACCACAUCACUCUGCAGUGCCUUGCUGCUCGUGCCGUUGAAAAACAUAAGGUCAUUUACAAAGGAUUAAUUCCAGAAGAACUGGAUGCUUUCAUUCAACUACAUUGAAGUGCUAAAUUAAGUCUUUAUAAAAUUGGUUCACAUGGGGAUUGAACAACUCACUGACAUAAAUAUGACAGACACUUCAGUGAGAUUAAAAUCAGUCUGCCUCCUGAAGGGCUAUUUCAAUCUUAUAGGGCUAAGACCACAGAACAAACAAAAUUUAUUCUUGCAGAAUGUAUGCUGGUUGCUAUCUGCUCUGUUGUCCAUUCUGAAUUAUACCAAAAGACCAGAUGUUUGGGUGAAGGGAAUUCUAAUUCAUUUAGAGAAAAUUAGUUAAUAAUCUGCAAUUUUUAAGAAGUCUUAUAAACUCUUCACUUAAUUUCCCUGUUACACCACUGCUGCCAUCCUGGCUGAAUGGAUCACAGCUCAUGCCAUUUUAUGUUUUGUGGAUUUUUAAGUUCUAUGCACAAUAUUUCCUAAGCUGUACUUCAUUAUUGUAGAAAAAUCUAAAUUUUAAAACACACCCAAUAAAUCCAGUGGCACCUGUGUAUUUCAGCUGCUUUUUAAGAUUGAGCAAAUAAAAUAUCCACUAAGUGCAACAAGGUCCAAA